AUGUCUUCAACCCAACCAUCUGCCUCUGCCUCUGCCUCUGCCUCUGCCUCUGCCUCUGCUGCUUCUGCUGCUGCUUCUGCUGCUGCUGCUUCUGCUCCCCUCUGGGCUAAACCUACUCCAGUAGGUAUCGCCGUCUACCCUUCCCUCGAAGCCUUAGCUACAUCUUCUGGGUCUUCCCAACUUCCUAACAAUGACACUCCAUCUUCCUUAUGCUGUUUCCCAUCUGGCUCCUCUUCUUCUUCCUCCUCUUCUGGUCCUCUCUAUAACAUCCCUUACAACAACAUCCUGGCUGUCUCCCAACUUCAAGCUGAUGCCCAAACCACUGAAGACUCUCUCACAGACUCCUUCAAUUCUACAGAAGACUCGGUAAUCCAUGCCCCUGGUCUCGUCUCUACAACCCCUAAACCCGUGUUGGACCCCUCUGCCCAGCAUCGCGUCACUCAUAUUAAUGACCCUACUGCUGCUUCCUCUACAAACCUACCCACAAAUAAUCCUGGGAACGUCUAUUACUAUAACCAGUCUGCUCCUAACGUUUCUGACAACUUUCUUUCCAAUGGUCGCGUGUCUGCACCAUUAGCUAUCGCCUAUAUGAAACCCAAAGGCCCCAAGAAACUCGUCCCCAUGACUGUAGUUCUCAAAUUCGUGCUUGACGACGCGCCAACACGUCCUACUAAUGAUUUCAUCAAUGCUGGUACCUUGCCAACUUUUUCAACAAAAAAGGACGACCCAGAAUUGUCUCCUAAAAACUCGGCAGGAAGCAAUACUGGCCUUUUGAAUUCAUACCCCCUUGGAUCUAUUAAAGUUUCUUCAACAUUCAAGUCCACUGCAGAACUCGCAUCCCAUAUCCUAGGGCUUGCUUAUGAAGACACAAAACCUCGCAAACGAUUUCUAGUCAUUAUUAACCCUCAUGGUGGACCCGGAAAGGCUCGCCAGGUUUAUGAUACUCAAUGUGCACCUGUCUUUGCACUCGCCGGGUGUGUUGCAACUGUUGUGGAAACUCAACAUUAUCGCCAUGCAGCUGAAAUUGCUCAAACUUUGGAAAACCCCCUAGCCAAAUAUGAUGCAAUUGUAUGCUGUUCGGGUGAUGGUAUCCCCCAUGAAAUUAUCAAUGGUAUAGCCGCAAGACCUCAAGGCGAUGGCCUCGAGAUUCUUAAAAACCUACCAAUGGCUCAACUGCCCUGUGGAUCUGGAAAUUCAAUGGCUGUUUCUCUCCAUGGCCAUGCCUCAGCUUCUCAAACAGCUCUUGGUCUUGUUAAGGGCCGUCGCAUGCCUAUCGACCUCAUGCUCAUGACUCAACAAAAAUCUCCCUCUGCUCCUGUCGUUCAUACCCUUUCAUUUCUUACACAAGCAUUCGGUAUUAUUGCAGAUGCUGAUCUCGGCACUGAGAACCUGCGCUGGAUGGGUGGAGCCCGCUUUGAUGUUGGAGUUGUCCAACGUAUCCUGCUCAUGAAAAAGUAUCCUUGCAAGCUCUACGUCAAGUAUGCUAAAAAGUCCAAGACUGAUGUGCGUGCUCAUUUCCGUGCUGCACCAUCAACUCAAGAAGAAAUUUCCCGAUACACCUCUUUGACAGAACCCAAAACAACUCAAGAACUUCUCACACCACACUAUGGUACAGCAGCAGAUCCCCUAUCAGCCGAUUGGGAAGAAAUUCCUGACUGUGAUAAGCUCUCUCUCUUUUACGCUGGUAAAAUGCCAUGGGUCUCUGAAGGUGCCCUCAUGUUCCCAGGAACACUACCCACAGAUGGUACCAUGGAUUUGCUUGUUUCACGAACAGACGUGUCACGGUUAACAGCUGCGCGUAUGAUGUUGUCAAUUGAGCAAGGUACUCAUGUUGACUUUGAUCACGCUGUAUAUGCUAAGGUUGCUGCUUACCGACUUGUUCCUGAAAAGUCUUCAGGUUACUUGAGUAUUGAUGGUGAAGCGUUCCCUCACACACCCUUCCAGGUCGAGGUUGUUCCCAAUGCAGCUUGUUUGCUGUCUCCCACAGGAUCCUACGCAGAAACAGGGUUCUAA